AAUUCCAUGCUUGAGAACCUCAUACAAGAGGAAUCCACCAAUCCAAUAAAUGCCGAAAGGUUGAGACUUUCAGAUAGAUUCCUGCAACCACUUUCCAUAUUAUUAUCAUUCAUCCACUUUAUUCUCUUCUUCUAGGCUUUUAUAUACCCCAGCUACAUUCCUCUCCGCGCCACUACUCUCCACUGAUCUUCCUCUUGCGCAAGCAAGAUGAUCACAACUAAACCUACUCCAAAAAUGUAUUCCCUUCAUUGCCAUAUUUGUUUUAUACUUCUUUUUAGCCGCUAUUGUUUUCCCCAGAAGACCUGCCCAAACUGUGGCGCUUUUGAAGUUCCAUAUCCUCUAAGCACAAGUCCCAAUUGUGGUGACCCAAACUAUCAUCUCCGUUGUGAUCCCCAAUCUCAUAAACUUUAUUUUGAUACUGUGAAUGGAAGUUCUUACCUUGUACUUAAAAUUAUGGCCUCAUUUCAACGCAUGGUUGUGCAACCAUCACCAUGGGUGUUUGGCACAUGUGUUACUCAAGACAUGCAGGUGAGUGAGGGCCUUUGGUUAAACGCGACACUCCCUUUUAAUGUCACUUCAUCAAACACAAUCUUCCUCUUCAACUGUUCACCCCGGCUUUUUGUCUCUCCUCUCAAUUGCACUCCUUCUAGUCUUUGUCACAGUUACUUGGAUAGCUCCGGACAUGUUGACAAAAAUCGAUCACUCCAGUGUGCCAGCAGUCUUGACCCCUGCUGCACCUUCAUUGCAGGUGGAAUGCCUUCUGCAUAUAAGAUAAGACUUCAUAAUUCAGGUUGUAAAGCAUUUAGAAGCAUCAUUAAUUUGGAUCCAGAAAAGCCUGCAAGUCAAUGGGAAGAGGGGCUGGAAAUUCAAUGGGCUUCUCCAUUUGAACCAAUUUGUAGGACACAGCUUGAUUGCUCUGGAGCUUCAAAAUGUUUACCUGCUGAUACAAAAGGCCUAUUUCGUUGCCUUUGCAAUAGGGGCUACCAAUGGAACCAUAUUCGGGGAAGUUGCCAGAAAAAGAAGUAUAAAAGGAAGGCUAUCCUCGGUUUAAAGGUCUCGAUAGGGGUAGUCUUCUUUGUCUCUGUAGCUGCAUUAAUUGUUGUACUUAUUUUACACAAGUUCUCGACAAGUGCUAAACAAGCGAAGCUUGCCAAAGCAAGAGAAGACAUGUUAAGAUCAAGCAAUGGUGGGAAAACAGCAAGGAUGUUCCAGUUGAAAGAAGUAAAGAAAGCUACAAAUAAUUUCUCCAAAGACAGGGUUUUGGGGAGUGGUGGUUUUGGAGAAGUCUAUAAAGGUGAGCUUCAAGAUGGAACUGUGGUGGCUAUUAAGUCUGCAAAAGUAGGAGAUGUCAAAAGCACCCAACAAAUACUCAAUGAAGUUGGAAUACUUACUCAAGUCAAUCACAAGAACUUGGUUAGAAUCUUGGGUUGUUGUGUUGAAGGCGAGCAGCCUUUGAUGAUCUAUGAGUACAUUUCUAAUGGAACACUCUAUGACCAUUUACACGGCAAGUCUUCUACCUUUCUGGAUUGGAGGACACGGCUUAGAAUAGCUCUGCAAACUGCUGAAGCAUUGGCUUAUUUGCAUUCUGGAGCAUACAGUCCCAUUUACCACAGAGAUGUAAAGUCAACAAAUAUACUGCUGGACGAUGACAACAAUGCCAAAGUUGCAGAUUUUGGUCUCUCCAGACUGGCACAGCCAGGGCUGAGCCAUGCCUCAGCUUGUGCUCAAGGUACGUUAGGGUACUUGGAUCCCGAAUAUUACUGCAACUACCAGUUAACUGAUAAAAGUGAUGUGUAUAGUUAUGGAGUUGUGUUGCUUGAGCUUUUAACUUCCCAGAAAGCCAUCGACUUCUUACGAGAUGAAGACCAUGUCAACCUAGCUAUUUAUGUGAGCCAACAAGCAAAAAAUGGUGCUAUCAUGGAAGUCACAGAUCAGCAGCUACUCAGUAAGAAUCCCUCAGAUAAUAUACUAACAAGCAUAAAGCUCUUCUCGGAGCUUGCCUUAGCUUGUCUGCGGGAGAGGAAAGUAGAUAGACCUACCAUGAAAGAUGUAGUUCAACGACUUGAAUGCAUAAUUCAGAUGGUAGAUCAAGAAAAUUAAGGUCUCAAAUGAGGUUAGCAGUGAUAGUAUAUGAAUAACCUAUGAUGUUUUCCAGAGUAAUUAACAGUUAAAAUAUUAUGUCAUGGAUGAUUAUGGUCUUUGAAUAUUCAAGUAGCAAAGUAGGAGUUGCGAAUAUGGAAAAGCUGUUGAAAUGAUGGGACCAAGGACUCUAAUCUUGUGUAGCCAAUAGAAGCUAAGGAGAUUCCGAAUGGAUGUGAGUGGAUGGAAAACGAGCAAGAAAGGUUGGAAUGAGAUUCUUUACUUUGUGCAGAAAGUAUGAACUGAUCCAAAAGAUUAGGAAUUUCUGGAAUGUGGUAAUUGGAAUCUGUUGGAAUUUAGUAAGAAUUGCUAGCCGUGUAGAAAAAGCAAGUCAUCUUUUUUGAAAUGGGAAAAGCAUUACUGGAUUUUCUUUUUCUCCCUUUCUUUUGGUUUUCUUUCCUUCCAUAUUCUGUAAUAAUAUGUGAUCUAUGAUCUAUGUAUGUGGGUGUUACUCAAAUGAUGCAGAUCAACAUCAAAGUGCACUUAUUGUGAUUUUUACGGCAUAUUCUUCCACCACAAAUCUAAGUGGGGAGCCUUCCUUUCUUUAUUUUACGUUUCCUGUUUUCUUCUCUAGUUUAUUAGCCAAUUUGGCAAUGACAAAUUAAUUUUAAUGGUAGAAAGCUUUUAUGUUUAA